AAACAUUACUUUGAGUGAUGAAAUGCUGCAUAUCUUGGUUAGCAACCACUCAGUUGGAGUAUUCCCUGGCUUUGGGAAUCCUGUGCAACGAACUUGAGGUGUUCUCACUCAGACUUAAGGGCUUCAACCUCUACCUAAUCUGUGGCACCAAUGUGGUCUCCAAGUGUGGAUAUAUGGUUCACCCCAUAGCUCUUGAAAUCAGUGGCUUCCUUUGCAGGGAGACAUUGCAAUGAAAGAUUGAAAUGGCUUGAACAAGUGGCAGGGAAGGGAAUCUUGUUGAUAUGUUCUGUUUCAACCUUGCCAUGACUUGCUGAACUCUCAAAAAUAUUUAAACUCUGCAAACCACUUAAGUCAACAGAACAGGUAAGGAUUAUUUUGUCAUCACUCAAAAACUAUGAUAACACUUGUCAUAGGAAAUCCCUCACAUGUUAGGCUGGAUUCGCAAUUCUUUCACAACCCUAGCCAUGGGUGAUUAUCCUUACCCAACAGACUUCCUGGCUCCACUUCCUGGGCAUCCUGUGAACUUGGCAUGUAAAAUGAUGGCAAGUGCAUCAUCCAAGGUUGAAGGUCUGGCUGAGGUCACAGUAUUAGUCUACAAUGGCACUAAUGGUACACUGACUUGUCUUGAUCCAGAUACAGAGUACAUUGAAUGUGCAGACCCUACUGGGUGUGGCCUGGGUCCAGACAGCCUUGCAUGGGACUAUCAGGUUUGUGCUGAGCUUUCUCUUCCAGCUGGUUCUAACAACAAGACAGACAUGUUUCCACCUCUGCCAUGGACUCCAGAAAUGAUAUCCACAUACUGCCAGAAAAAAUGGGGUGUGAUACCUCAACCUAACUGGGCACCCAUACAGUUCUGGGGGAAAGAUAUAUCUUCAUCUUCUAAUAUUAUUUUUUCCAAUGGUGACCUGGAUCCAUGGAGACCUGGUGGGGUGUUAGAAGAUGUCUCACCAACACUGGUGGCACUUCUGGUCAAAGGUGGAGCUCACCAUCUUGAUCUGAGAGCUUCCAAUCCACUGGACCCUCCAGCAGUGACACAAGCACGAAAACAAGAACUGGAACUAAUCCAAAAAUUCUUACAUUAGAGCAACAUUAUAAAUCUCAAUGGACAAUGACUACAGUUUUCUUAUGCAUCAAUUCAAUUAUAAUAACCAGACCUGUCUUAUUUUGUGAUGUAUAAAAGAAAUCGCAUUUCAAAGAAAAGUCAAUUUAUGGUUCACAACUUCAAAUAAAAUUUACAUGGAGCAUCGAAACAUGCUAAUUACGAAUUAGACCUUAUGAAGGAAUUUGAAUUUUAAUGAUUUCAUGCCAGAGACUAGACAUGAGACUUGGAUGAGAUUCAAAAGCCUUGUGUUGGUUUAAUGCUGUUGAUGAGUGUCUUUUUAAGAACAAUAAACUUUUUGAUAAUAA